AUUCAGAUAUUAUUCGAAUCGAUUUGAGUGAUUCGAAUGGAACACGCGAACGAGAUUUUUAUGAUUCUUCAUGGGCUGAACUUGCAGUGACUUUUGGAACUUCAUACAGAGAAGCACGUCAAAUA